UUAUCAUACUUACCAACAAGGCAAAACGCCCUAUAAAAAGGUCUCCUUGAUGCUCCUACCAGAAACAGUUCACCGUUUGGCUAACAUCAUGCACGGUCUGCAAAAACUUCUACUGUUCCAUCUUCUUGCAUGCCUCGGGCAUGGAAGUGAUAUUAUACAUGGGGAAAAGGCAGCAAAGAACUCAAUGCUUUAUAUGGCCUCAGUGCAGAACAAACAUGGUCAUAUAUGCGGAGGAUUUCUCAUCGCUGAAGACUUUGUGGUCACUGCUGCACACUGUGACGAUGAGAACCUUACACACGUUGUUCUUGGAAGCCACAAUCUCAACGACCAUCAUGAAAAAAUAGAGAUUAAAAAAUCCAUCAAGUUUGAAAAUUAUAGAAAUGUUCAAUAUGGUGAUGACAUCAUGCUCCUUAAAUUAUCUGGGAAAGUUCAACACAAAGCACAGAUAAUUCAGCUUCCACAUGCUGAAAUAAGACUACAAGAAAAUGAAGUGUGCCAGGUGGCUGGAUGGGGUUUCACUGAAAAUUACACUCUACCUAAUGAGCUGAGAGUGGUGAAUGUUUCUGUCAUUCAACAUCAAAUCUGUAAGAAAAACUGGCCUGAUCUUCCAGACAACGUUAUCUGUGCAGGUGGCUAUCGAACAAAUAAAGGAUUCUGUCAGGGAGAUUCCGGUGGUCCUCUGGUCUGCAACGGGUUCGCAGUUGGUGUUGUUUCUUUCAACAAAUAUUUAAACUGCAAAUACCCAGAUGUACCCAAUGUCUAUACGGACAUCUCAAAAUACCGUCAAUGGAUCGACAAGAUUCUCAGAGGUGUAAUUUAAGCAUUCCUGAUUGCUCUGUCGAUGUAACCAAAAGUGAAAAUUAAAAAGAUUCUGCUACUUCGCUCUGUCAAACUGACCUAAUUGAAUUUAAAGCUCCUUAUCACUUUAUUCUGUCACCAUGGAUUCUUUCAAUUACAGCAAGUGUUGAUGUUCAAGUUAUCUUUUAUUACAAUGUUCUAAAUGUAUUUUAUGACCAUGGGCUGUAGAUAACUUGUAACUUUAUAUGUUUCUGUGCUUGUAAUUCUGCUGACGUGCUGUCUGUACUGUUGUUUGACCCCCAAAGUUAAAUAAGCAAAUGAAAACAGCAUGGUUGUGUGCACCUUAUUUUAUUUCAGAUUUCCACAACAAGCUUGGUGUCAAAAAUAGAAUCCCAAGCCUGUUUGUAUUCAGGGUCUAUAGGAGACUUGAGCAUGCUAGAUAAAAUUAGACAAUUAUGAGCAUGGCUAACACAUCUGGUAAAGAAACCCCCAGUGAACAGGAAGCUUGCAUGUUUACGAAUGGGGUUUAUGGGAAAAAUAUGGAAAUUGAGCUAUCAGCGUUUGGGUAAAACAUUUCCACAAAGAGGAACAUUGAGCUUGACGCAGCUAAUAGAUCAUAAAUCAUAAAGUAAAAGAAAAAAAGCCAAGAAAUAAUUAAAAGAGUAAUAAAUAAACAAAAGUGUAAUCACAAGUUGUGAAACACAAAAAGGGGAAAUGACACCUGAUUUAAUUUUUUUCACUAUCAAUUGGGAAGCACUCAAGUACUCCUGUUAAUUCCAGUGCUCCUCCUACAUCUGAAUAAUUCCCUGAAGGUGUACAAACGAGUAUUAGAGCCACAAUAAGAAAAAAUAAUUGAGAAAAAAGUUGAAAUAGUAUUUCAAGAAAAAAGUUUAAAUGUGGAGACUACAGAUUACAAACUGCCAUGGUUGCUAUAUCCUCUGAGUGAAAUUGUACUUCAGAAUCGGUUUUGGUAACAGGAAGGAAAUGAUUUCUCUAUUAGCAUGUAAACACAAUGUGGUGAUCAGUAUAAGAACAUUGAUAAGAUGGUGCAGAAAACUGCAUCUGGAUGGAAAAACACACAAUUGUUGAAGAAUGAAUUUGCACACAAGAAAAUGGCUUGUAAUGGACAGACAGAAAGGUUAUCGAUAGUUACAUCGAUAAAUGCAAGGGGAUGUAUGCUGGAUGACAAAACGGCUGAUCAAUUUGUUUCAAUAACUCGCCUAAACAAGGCAUUUUAUAGAGGGUAUAGCAGCCGUAGCA